AUGGAUGGCCGGGACUUCGCUCCGCCGUCGCAUCUGCUCUCUGAGCGCGGGAGCCUGGGCCAUCGUAGUGCAGCCGCGGCCGCCGCCGCCUCACGCCUAGCUCCGGCAGGCCCCGCAGUCCAGCACCCGGCUCACUUCCCGCCCGGCAAGUACUUCCAGUCGCCGCUGCCUAUGGCCACGCACACAGCCAGUAGCCGCCUAAUGGGGAAUCCUCCAGCCUCAUCUUUCAUGGGCAGUUUCCUCACCAGCAGCCUGGGAUCCACUGCUCCUGCACACCCUAGUGGUCCCACUUCCUCCCCCUCUGAUCAGGCCUAUCGGGGCCCCCACUCGGGCACCUCUCAGAUCUGGUUCUCCCACUCCCAUGAAGCUCCAGGGUACCCCAGAUUUUCGGGGAGCCUGGCAUCUACCUUCCUUCCCAUGAGCCACUUAGAUCACCAUGGAAACAGCAACGUUCUCUACGGGCAACACCGUUUCUAUGAAACCCAAAAAGAUAACUUCUAUCUACGCAACCUUCCCGCCCAGCCCACACUUCUGCCCCCCAAUCACAAUUUCCCCAGCAUUGCCCGAGCAGCCCCAGGUCACCCCAUUGGCUCUUGCAGCCGAGAUAGGGAGGCAGGACACCUCCAGAAAGGCCCUAAGGAGUUUGACCGAUUCCUGAUGAACAAGGAACUGGGCAAGGAGAAGGCAGGCAAGGCAGAGGGCAAGGAUCGGCCAGUAGAAGAUGAUGUGAAGGAACGGCACAAACUGGUAAUGCCCAUGACUCCUGACGGACACUGCAAGGAGAGUACCCAUCCUCGAAGUACCUGUGAGAACCGAACCAAGCACCUCAACUCCUGCUUCCUGAGUACCAAGGUGCUCAAUGGCGAGGUGGGCAAAGCCGUCCUGGCCAGCUGUACAGGGGGUGUGCUGCCUCGACACGGGGUAGGGGUGGUGCCCAGCCGCUGCGCCAAGGACGCAGGACGGCCUGAGCGGGAGCGGGAGCUGGGCCACCAUGAACCAAACCAGCCAUACAGUGAAUGUCUGGAACGGAGACAGAUGCUUCACCAUUCAGUUUCCUACACGGUGCCCUCCAGCUUGCCAGCCAUGCCACCCCCACUUAGUACCAGCUCUGGGACAUUUCCUUGCUUACAGCUUCACUCCAAUCCAGACAUGUUAUGCCCUCUUCAAGACAAAGCCACCCGAGACCUAAAACUCAGUGGGCCCACCUUUGUGCCUUCUGUGGGGCACCUACCUGACAAGAGCCGGUCAUUCCAGGUGGCAUCAGAGCCAUGCCUGGCAGGAGAGGGGAAGGAUCGGCACCAUGAGGUGGGUGUUGACCACCCAGCGUCCUAUGGAACCUCCUAUCCCCACCUGAAGGCCGAGGGCAAGGGGGAACGGAGGCUUGGCUUUGAGGCAGCCCUCAACCCAAGGCUGAAGGGAUUAGAAUAUCUCAAUAGCACUGGAUCUGAAGGCCCCUUUCCUAAUCUACCCCAUGCACCCCCAAAAGGUGGCCUCGAGAAAGGAAGCUACUUUGAGAUGCCCCCUCCCUCUCAGGACUGCUCCCGCCCUGGCCACCAGGACCCCUUGUGUGUGAAAAUCAGCCAAACCUGCUGCACUUUAGACAAGGGUGCCAAAGAGGCCCCAGGCCCCAGUGCCCAAAAGGUUGCUAGGAUACGUCAUCAGCAGCACCUGUUACCUGAGAUGGAACAGACGGGAAAUGGGGCUGAAGCCCAGAGGAAGUCCAUUGAGUUGGCAUCCCUGGGCUACAAUGGGCCCCACCUGCCACCCUGGACGGUCCAUGGGGGUCAGGGUCCCCCCAUCUCCAUCAGUGAGGAGAGGAAGGGCUCCUACCUUGACCCCUUCAGCAACAGCCUGCAGCAGGCAGCCCUCAUAUCCCAAGAGCUGCCUGCUCCACCGGAUGAGGUCUCUGCCAUGAAGAACCUGCUUAAGUAUAGCAACCAAGCACUUAUCGUUGGCCAGAAGCCCCCGUUUGUGGGUCUGGGAAAUAUCAAAGCCAGCUGUGUCCAACAGGAAGUGAAGUUCCAGUCAGGCAAGGGUCAAGGGGAGCUAGAAAGGCCUGACUGUGCCCGGAGCCGGGAGCAUGAGGCCCCCCAUAGUGAUGGGGAGGUGAGACAGCCCCCCGUGGGCAUUGCUGUGGCUGUGGCCCGCCAGAAGGACACUUUGAACCGCCCAGAACCUUCCUAUGGCACUAAUUCCAGCCGGCAGGGACGUGCAGUGCCUGGGUUCAAAGCGGGUCCCAACCGCUCCAUGCACGUGAUCGAUCUGGAAGCUGAUGAGGAGAGGAGCCGCCUCUGUGGUGAUGAACGGCUGGGCCUCUCAAGCCGGGAGCUGCUUCUCCAGGAUAACAAAGACCUUGUUGAGUUUGCCCGAAUUCACCCAUCCAGUGGCUGCCCAGGAGAUGUGACCUCCCACCUCAUGAUUGCUGGAGGAUCAUCUCUGCAAACUAGCCAGCUUGGGGGUGAUCCUACUACCCACGCCCAUCCAGCUCACCCCCCCUGGCUACCCCGAACCCGCAGUCCCUCCAUUUGGAUGGGAGGACAUUCCUACGGGCUUGGCCACCCGGCUCUCCACCAGAACCUGCCACCUGGCUUCCCAGCCACCAUGCCCAGCACAAUGCAGUCCAUGUUUCCCCUGUCCCAGGACCCCCCUUUUUUAAUGAUACGGCGACCACCGAGAUCUACACCCCAUGCUGCUCCCCAUUCACUUGCUGACGUCAUGGACCAGGCUUCAUUGUGGCCACCCAUGUACCCAGGUCGGGGGCCUGCCUCCCACAUGCAGCACCCUAGCCAGCUUCCCGUCUAUUCCCGCUCCCAGUUUCUACGGCAGCAAGAGCUCUAUGCCCUCCAGCAGCAGCAGAGAGCAGCCCAGGCACUAGAAAUGCAGCGGAAAUCCCAGCUUCAGAGGAAGCCUGAGGAUUACCAUGCAGAGUUUGAAGAUGCAGUCCCCGAGAAGACGCUGAAGUCCUCUCACAAACCAGUUGCCUUAACCCCCCUACCCAAGGGCGCCUCUCCACCGGCUGCUGCUCCAUGCCCUGCCAAACUUUCACCUUGCUGCCAUUCUCCUGCCCUGCGGCACCCCUCCAAAUGCACCACGCCACUCUCCACUGCCCCGUGCACUUUACCCCUCUGCCCCACUGCCAGCUCUGCUGUGGCGCCCCGCUCCCCAGCCACCAGUCCUGGCCCUGCUCAGAGCUCUAAGGGUACCGAAGUGGAGGACAAGAGAGGAGAGGGCCAGCCCCCGCAAGACUAUCCCAAAUCACUAGAACCAGACCUGCCCCCAGGAUACACCUACCCUGCAGUCAGCAUGGGCUAUUCUUCCCCUCUACCCCAUGACAUGCACUCAGCUGAUCCCGCAGACCCUGAAACUAUGCAAACUGUCUCCACCGCAGCCGAACCCGAGCAGUCCAGGACAUUUCCACCCUCAGAGGGGCCUCACUGUGAUCCCAGUGCUCUGGAUGAGGCCAGUCUGGUAGAGGGAGCAGGUGGCCAGGUGGAGGGCACCGAACCAAGGGCCCUGGAGCUGGAGUGCCAGCCACACACUCAUGGGCAUCCGCACCCCAUGGAGAUGGGGCCCCCCAGCGAGGCAGCUGCUCCCAGUGGGCUGGGGGAGCUUCAGGAACUCCCCUAUGGUGCCCUCAUGGAAGGAGAAGGCCCUGAGACAAGGAGCUGCAUAGAUUCUACUCAGGAAGGGGCAGAAGAGGAGAGGACUGAGGAGGGGGAUGGCAAAGGGCUGCUGGCAAGGUCCUCCCCCGUGGCCUCUGAGGAGGGAGCACUAAGCCCACAUUGUCUGGGAGAGGAAGAGGUGGGAGAGGGGCCCGACCCCCAGGAGGAGGAGGAAGAGGAAGGAGAGGAGGAAGAAAGAGAAGAGGAAGAAGAGGAAGAAGAAGGAGAGGAGGCUUGGGACAUGAUUCAAGAGGACAACCACCUGCCCAAAUCAUUGCCAGGCCUGGAUGCCUUGGUAGCAGCCACCGUUGACCUGGGAGACCUGCCCUUACUAAGCCCACCCAGCAGUCAACCUUCAGCCCCACUACAGCUUCCAAACGUUCCUGCCCUUCAGGGUAGCUCAGGAAUUCAUGGCAUCGCCCUUCUUAGUGAGCUGGCAGACCUGGAGUUCCAGCGGCAGAAGUGUGACCGAGUCACAGAAGUUGAAGAGAAAGACCUGAUGGACUUCAACCUGCAACAUCUGGCGACCCUGGCUGCUGCCUGGUCUCUAGUGGAAGCUGCCAGCCUGGAGACUGGUCCUCCUGCAGCUGGGCUCCCUGUUCCUGGGCCCUGCUGCUCCACCCUCACUCCCCGAAUGCAAAUCCUCCGACGCAAAUACACAUGGACCCCAAAAACAAAACCUGUAUGCCCUCUCAAAGCUGCCAUUGACCAGCUAGGCACGAAGGAGGUGGAGAUGAGGAUGCGGUUGGUAGACCUGCAGCGGCGGUACAAGGAGAAGCAGCGGGAAUUAGCCAAGCUGCAGCGGCGGCAUGACCAUGAGAGAGACGAGCGCUCCAGGAGCCCAGCUCGGCGAGGGCCGGGGCGACCGAGGAAACGAAAGCACUCUAGCAUCCUGCCAACCCUCCGACAGGGCAGCCACCUUCCCAAGUGUGACAGCAAAAAAGUCAAAUCUGUGAAGGCCAGCCUAAGCAUCCUGUGUGCUGAGUUACGGAGUGAAGGGGAGCCCAAGAAGAAGAGAAACAAAUUAGAUAAGGGGGUCUACAGCAGCCUCAGCUCCCAGGAGAAGGUACGGUGCAAAAAGAGUGGAUCCCAGAGCAAAGUAGCCCAGCUGAAGCCGAAGGUCAGGAACAAAGGUUUGCCAGCUGGCAUCAGCCCCUUCCGGCGGAAAGAGGCCAAUCCUGGCGGGCGCAUCCAAAAGAAGCUGUCUCGAGCCAAGAGCACCAAGGUGGCCUUGGCGGCCAAGCACCCUAAGCCAGACAGCGAUGGCAAAGACAGCCCCAAGUUCGCAGCCAAGUCCACAACCACAGCAGGGGGAACUGAGGCAGGUGGAAACCAAGAUGGGGACUAUGACAGUGAGGACUGUGAGGGGCUUCUGGGAGAUGAACAUCCAACCAAGGACCUAAACCCUCCCCUCCAUACAGGGGUCAAUCCUACAACGUUGGGCCCCUCCCCAUCUUCAGUGGUGAAAAUGGAAGCAAACCAGAAGGCCAAAAAGAAGAAAGAGAGGCAGGGCUUGCUAGGGUCCUGUCGAAUAUCCAACCCUGAGGGUGAGGUCAAAAUUAAAAGGCGAGCCGUAAAGCCUGGUACUGAGACUCGAAAACUGGAGCGGGCCCCCGUGCGCAGGAGGCCAGGAGUCUGCAGUGGAGAGGGCAAGAAGAAACUGAAAGCAAAGCCCAAAGACAGCCUGCGUCCAGAGCCUGGGGCUACACCCAGUGGGGAUGAUCUCUACAGCCAAGCCCGGGCCUUCUCUUCUCGGGAAGAGAGUGGGAAGCUGGCCAGCGAGCGACUAAAGAAAGCCACAAGGAAAAGCAAAGUGUUACAGUCAGCUCUAAGGCGGAAGAAUGGGGCCUUGUCUAUUGCCUUGUCACCCAGAAAUGCCAAGACCAUCUUAAGCAAGGGCAAAAAGCUAAGCAAAGUGAAGAGUAAGGCUGUCAGCAAGCAGGGCAAGGGCCGGGCAGUGAGCCGGCUGCUGGAGAGCUUUGCGGUGGAGGAUGACUUCGAGUUUGAUGAUAACAGCAGCUUCUCAGAGGAAGAGAAUAGCACCCUGAGUGGAGACCAAGGCAUAGCUCAUGUCCAGUCAUGUACCAUCCACAAAGAAGACCUCCAGGACGGCCUACACGUGCUCAUCCCCAAGGAGGACAGCCUGCUGUAUGCUGGCAGUGUGAAAACCCUACAGCCUCCAGACAUCUACAGUAUCGUGAUUGAGGGUGAGAGAGGAAACAGACAAAGGAUCUACUCCCUGGAGCAGCUGUUACAGGAAGCUGUCCUUGACAUCCGGCCUCAAUCAAGUCGCUACCUCCCACCGGGCACUCGGGUCUGUGCCUACUGGAGUCAAAAGUCUCGCUGCCUGUACCCAGGCAAUGUGGUCCAAGGUGCCUCCAGUGAUGAAGAAGAAGACCUAGAUUCAGUGGUAGUUGAGUUUGAUGAUGGUGACACAGGCCACAUCUCCAUAUCCAAUAUUCGAUUAUUACCUCCAGACUUCAAGAUCCAGUGCACAGAACCUUCCCCAGCCCUGCUCGUGUCCAGCAGCUGUCGCAGAAACAAGAGAUCUUCCAAUGAUGCGCCCCCACCCAGUGAAACGGCACCCAGUCUGUCUCCUGAGGGGCGGGAUAUCCCUGAACCAUCAAAGAACUUGGGGAAGAAGGCUGUCAGCAAAGAAAAAGCAGGCAAAGCUGAUGUCUUAACUCCAGGGGCCAAGACACCAGUGGUAGCCGAUCACUUCCUGGGCCGACGGGGCAGCCCGAUGCUGAGCUGGUCUUCAGUGGCACAGACUAAGAGGAAGGGGACGGCAAUGGCAGCAGGAGGCGGAGGAGGCAGCAGGAGCACAGGUGUCCUCCAGAACCUCUUCCAGCUCAAUGGCAGUGCCAAGAAGCUGAGAGCCCGAGAAGCCUUGUUCCCAGUGCAUAGCAUGGCCACCCCAGUCUUUGGCAAUGGCUUUGGGGCAGACUCCUUCAGCAGCAUAGCCAACUCUUAUUCCCCAUUUGCCAGCGGGGCAGGGCUGGCCCUGCCUGGGGGUGCCCACAAGCUGCUUCGGGCAAAGAAGGCAGAGCGGCUGGAGGCUGAGAAGAGUGGGCGUCGGAAAGUUGGUGGGGAGUUCCUGGUCAAGCUGGAUCAUGAAGGGGUGACCUCACCCAAGAAUAAGAACUGUAAGGCCCUGCUCAUGGGCGACAAAGACGACGGACCCAAGCUAGGGAGGCCCUUGCCCACUCCAGGCUAUGUCCACCCAGCUCUAGUCGGCAAGGAAAAAAAAGGGCGGGCGCCCGUCCACCCAUUGCCCAUGGGGCUGGCAUUGCGUAAAUAUGCAGGCCAAGCUGACUGUUCACUGCACUGUGACAGCGACUGCCACAGCUCCUACUCCGAUGAGGACGAGGAUGGACUGGCAGGCAAUGUCCCCUCUCGGUUUCUCACCCGCCUCUCGGUUUCUUCCUCCUCAUCGGGUUCCUCCACAUCUUCAUCCUCAGGCUCCAUCUCCACAUCCAGCCUCUGCUCCUCAGACAACGAGGACUCAUCCUAUAGCUCGGAUGAUGAGGACUCCACUUUGCUGCUCCAGACCUGUCUCACCCAUCCUGUGCCCGCCCUUCUGGCGCAGCCUGAGGCCCUGCGCUCGAAGGGGGGCAGCCCCCAUCCUCACCCCCAGCGCUGCUUCCUCGCCAAAGCCACUGCGGCCAGUGGCAAGACCAAGAUGAAGCGGAAGGAGGCCCUGAGCUUCUCCAAAGCCAAAGAGUUUUCCCGAAGGCAGCGGCUGCCCUCUGUGGAAAAUCGGCCAAAGAUCUCAGCCUUCCUGCCAGCCCGGCAACUGUGGAAGUGGUCUGGGAAUCCCACUCAGAGGCGGGGAAUGAAAGGGAAGGCCAGGAAGCUUUUCUACAAGGCAAUCGUUCGGGGAAAGGAGACACUCUGCAUCGGGGAUUGCGCUGUCUUCUUGUCGGCAGGCCGGCCCAACCUACCCUAUAUCGGACGCAUUGAGAGCAUGUGGGAGUCCUGGGGCAGCAACAUGGUGGUGAAGGUGAAAUGGUUCUAUCACCCAGAGGAGACCAAGUUGGGAAAACGACAAAGUGACGGGAAGAAUGCCCUGUACCAGUCAUGCCAUGAGGAUGAAAAUGACGUCCAGACCAUCUCACAUAAGUGCCAGGUUGUGGGGAGAGAACAAUACGAGCAGAUGACUCGGAGUAAGAAAUAUCAGGACCGCCAGGACCUCUACUACCUGGCAGGGACCUAUGACCCCACCACAGGACGCCUAGUGACAGCAGACGGUGUGCCCAUCUUGUGCUGAUCUGGGCAGUACCACUGGAACUUGCCACUGCUUUGCAUGAGGGGGUGCACUGAACAGCUCUCCCCAAACCCCACCCCAGGGCAGUGACCUCCCUAAUCAUCGGAAACUUGAAAACUUUGUUUCAUCCUCCUCCACCCUGAGCCUCCCCGGACCUACCCCCACCCACUCAGAUGGCCUCUGCUUCCCGGAGCAGUUUCCUCCCCAGGGAUGAGGAGGAGUGUGGAUCACAGAAGAGGAGCCAGGUUGUGACAACUGGCAAUGUUGGGGUCUUCCAUCCAAGCCCCUCGUCAGGACCCUCCCUGCCUAACAACACAGCUUUAAGGCAGGCCCCACAUGGCGCUCCAGAAUGGAGAGUCUGAGUAAAUAUGCAAAACCCAUCACAGCAAGAUUCAGGCUUUUUAAAUUAUUAUUAUUGUUAUUAUUAUUAAUAUUAAUUAUUUUCCCUGGAAAGAGAAAGCUCUCUGGCUUCAGAAUCCAAUUCCCCAUCUGACUCUGAUCCUGCUAGGUAGGCCCCAAGGUCUCCUUCCUGGGACCUGGACUGAGGGCCACAUUCCCCUCAGUUGAUUACACACACAUACCCGUGGAUUUCCACCUCUGUUUUUCUCCCCAGCAUUGGCAAUUCACAAGAGAUUAGAAUUCAAGCCAUAUUUUCCCUAGUACCUCUGACUGUCUCCCACCAGGGAAAGCAGAAAUCAGGUGUAUUGUCUAUUUAUUUCUCUAUGUAAAUAUUGUAUUUCUUCGGGGAAGUUUUAUGGAAAAAAAAACUAGAAAAAAAGAA